CCUUACGUUAAAAACCAGCCGUGCACACACACACACACACACAUUCACACACACCACCGCUACUCAGUGCUUCGAGUUAACUAACAAAGUUUAUUUAAGGGUUGUCAUGUUAUUGGGGCCGUAAGUGGGGGCAUUAGGGACUUUUUGAUUUUGAACAGCAGUGUCACGGGCCGGGGACUUAAUGUGAGAACAAUGCUGUUGAAGUUAAGAUGAUACUGACACCAUUAAUGUCAACAUUUGAUACAUUUAUGUAGGCUAACACUUUUUCUUUUAAUUAUGGGCUAUGCCACACUUUGGAUUUGUUGAAAUAAGAAAUCGGCCUAAAACCAAAGAUGAUAAUCGACUUAUUUCACCCAUUAGAAAUUCUUAGACAUAUUUUUACUUUACAUUUUCUACUAUAAGUUUUUAGUCCUAUUUUACUCAUAAAGUUUGCAAAACGACACUGUCUAAUUUCUAAACAGCCAGCAAGCUUUUGCAACUUCCUUUCCUCUAUAAUAUUCGAAAAUGAUUAUAAAGUGCCACCACGUAGGCUAUAUAUUCCCAGAGAAAUAGCUCCAUUAGCCUGGAAAUAGUAAAUAUGUACUUUAUAUUGGCUCAUAUGGGCAGCCUGAGUGUGCGUGUGUCUCGGGGCAGAGCAGACCCCGCCCAUUUAUGCUAAUUAUUGCCUCCCAUUGGUGUGUCAGGGGAGCAGGCCGGCUCUGAUUGGCCAGGUCGAAGCCAUUUAUUUGCUGACAGCCCCGUCACAUGAAUGGUUGUCUAUUAACUUGUUCAAAAACUAUCUGGAGUUGUCAAGGCUCAGGCGGACAGAGGCGAAAAAGUAGUUUGUUGAUGCUUUUUCGGAGAAGCGACUGGAGAAGUUUUGUGGACACAACAUAGCAGGGACCUAUUGGGACAAGGCUCUUUGUCACUCAUACUCACACACGAGCUCUGACACACACUCACCGAGAGGAAGAGAGAGAGAGAGUGUGUGGAGACGCGGCUUGGUGCUGGUUGUUUUUGUCCAGAGAAAAAGUUGCAGAGAGAAAUCGACAGGUAACUCUUAGCAGCAGCAGCCUGCGCUCCUCACUGUCCUCUCUUUGGCUUGUGGAGUUUGUCUCUGUGUUUUCUUUGUUUUCCUCUGCUCGGGAGCUCCAACUAAAAGCUGUUCCUGAUGUAUAACAUGAUGGAGACUGAACUGAAGCCCCCAGCUCCCCAGACCAACACGGGGGGCUCGGGCAACACCAACACGUCUGGCACCGGCCCCAACCAGAAAAACAGUCCGGAGCGGGUCAAGAGACCCAUGAACGCGUUCAUGGUGUGGUCCCGGGGCCAGAGGAGGAAGAUGGCCCAAGAAAAUCCCAAAAUGCACAAUUCGGAGAUAAGCAAGAGACUGGGCGCAGAGUGGAAACUUCUGUCGGAAAGCGAGAAGAGACCUUUCAUCGACGAAGCCAAGAGGCUCCGGGCCCUGCACAUGAAGGAGCAUCCGGAUUACAAAUACCGGCCCCGGCGGAAAACCAAGACCCUCAUGAAGAAGGACAAGUACACCUUGCCCGGCGGGCUGCUGUCUCCCGGAGGGAACGGGAUGGGAGCUGGGGUCGGGGUGGGGGCCGGGCUGGGCGGUGGGGUGAACCAGCGGAUGGACAGCUACGCGGCGCACAUGAACGGCUGGACCAACGGUGGCUACGGCAUGAUGCAAGACCAGCUGAGCUACCAGCACCCGGGGCUGAACGCGCACAACCCGAGCCAGAUGCAGACCAUGCACCGCUACGACAUGAGCGCCCUGCAGUACAACAGCAUGACCAGCUCCCAAAGCUACAUGAACGGCUCCCCGACAUACUCCAUGUCCUAUUCCCAGCAAACCACGCCGGGGAUGACCGCCCUGGGCUCCAUGGGGCCCUCCUCGGUGGUGAAGUCCGAGUCCAGCAGCUCCAGCCCGCCCGUCGUCACCUCGUCUUCCCACCGGGCCGGGCCGGGCUGCCAAAGCGGAGAUCUGAGAGACAUGAUCAGCAUGUACCUGCCCGGGGCGGAGGUCAGCGAUCAGACCGCCCAGACCCGGCUACACAUGUCCGGGCACUACCAGAGCACCGUGCCUGGGACGACGAUCAACGGCACGCUGCCGUUAACACACAUGUAAGAGACACAAAGCAGAGAGAGAGGUAGAGAGAGAGAGAGAGAGAGAGAGCGAGAGAGAAAAAAAAGAACUUUUAUAAGAGAAACUGUGGACUAUUAACGUUGGACUAUUUUUGUACAGAAAAAUUUCGGGGUGGGAAAAGUUGUAUAGAAGUCUCCAGGAAAAAGGACACACGACUCUUUUUUUUUUUUUUCAUUUUAUUCUAAGGAAGCUCUAGAGGAACGGUAGGAGAUCCCCUCUUCACUGGUGGAUGAAGUUUGGAAGACUAGAAAGUGGGAGUCGCAAUCAAAUGUUUUAUUAUUGCAAUCACCUUUUGUACAGUAUUUAUCAAAGAAACAUUACAAUCAGAUGAAAUUGUUUGUUAAACUGCAAGAGGUUGCAUUUUUCUUUUUCUUUUUUAUAUAAGGCAACGCCAGUUCUGCAGAAAAAUAUUAAAAGUGAAGAUGGCAGAACUGGAAUUAUGUGGAAAGAAAAGGGACAUAAAAACGAAGCAGGUAAUACUGUUUCUUUUCUCCAUUUAAGGUCAAUAUUACUAAACAUUUUAAUUUCUUUAAAAAAGUUAAGACACUUUUUGUUCUCAUACAGCUUAAAAUAUAGGUUGUUAAUUUAUAUUUCCGUCUCCCACUUUUCAUCUGUUAGAGGUAUGACGCUUGUGCUCUUUAUUUUCUAAUUGAUUUGUACAAUUUCUGUAUAUUUACUGUGAUAUUUUAAGUUUUUAUUUCGAAAUUCAUUUCCGUAGUUGUAUUUUAAAAAUUGUGGCCUGCAGUACGCAGAAGCCAACCACUCCAUGUAUAUAUAUACCGGAACUAAUACCAUCCUUAUAACAGUUACAAUUUCAGCUGAGUAUAUUUUUUUUCAAUAUGCAGUUUGAAAUGAAUAAAUUUUGGAAAUUUGGAUA